AUGAAGAUUCAAGUUUUGUUUGUGGUGGUAUCAAUUUUUAUAGUCUACACUAGUAAAGCAGCAACUAUAGCAGAAUCUAAGCAUAAAGAUAUAGUCGAAACUCCAACAGACGAUGAGACCGAAUAUUUUAGCAGACCAACAGUUUUACCAGAAUUACCUAAAACUAAAGAUAAACUAAUUUUCAGGAGAUUUAAAGAAUUAUAUCUGAUUAUUACAAAGAUGAAAACGCAGUUGUUAUUUGGGAUCGUGGCGAUUCUGGCCAUCAGUGACAGCAUCAAUGGAGCUGUCGUUAAGGCUGAAGCAGUAGAUGAAUCUGGGGCAAUUGAAUCACCACAAGAACUGACUGUAUCUCAAGUCAGCCAAGGCGUUAAGUCUGAAGCAGUAGAAGAAGCCGAGGCAAUUGAAUCACCCAAAGAACUGUCUGCAUCUGCCGUAAGCCGCGGCGUGUACUCCGGAAUAAUCAAUCCUGGAGACAGAUUGUUAUAUAGAAACUACUUCACGAAAUCAGCAAUCGCAAACGCUGUACAAUCGCAAGAUAUCACAUAUCGAGGAAGUGCAUACACCAGGAUUUCUUACGUUUCGGCUAUGGAGGUCGGAUACACACAGUAUGCAAGCGCUUACAUCACAGCUGGUGGCCCAGGAUGGAGCAUGGUCAAUAUACGGCUCUCCACCGCCAGGGGCUACGAAAAACACAUUCUUAAGAUGAAGCAUUUAAUAUUAUAUGCGGUGUUAGCAGUACUAACUGCGUAUGCAGGCGGAGCAGCAUUGCAACCAGCCGUAUCUAGCAGGUCUAAUCUGAAUAUUGGCUAUAUAGCUGCUGGAGAUCGACUUCUAUACAGGAACUACUUCUAUAAGGCACCUUAUGCUAACGCAGUUCAAUCCCAAGACAUCAUUUACCGUGGAAAUAGGACGACCAGGGUUACAGCAGUCCAGGCCACAGAAGUUGGGUACACGCAGUAUGCAAACGCUUAUAUAGUAUCUGGAGCGAUUGGUUGGAGCAACAUAACUGUCAGGUUGACAUCAGCAAGAGGCUACGGUUAUUAUUAUCUUCUUGACAUAUGGGGACGUUAA